GAGGCGUGCUGGGCCCGGGCGGCGGGAGGAGCCGUGCGGUUCCGGCUGCCCCGGCGAGGCGACCCUUGGGUCUGCGCCGCGGGCUGAGUGGACAGGUAAGCAGGCGGCAGCCGCGGCUCUGGAAGAGGCUCGGGCAGCGGAGACCCCCCACGGCGCCCGGCGCGCCCCCCGCACCCUCUGCCUCCGGCGUUAAGGCGGGGGAGUAAGGAGAUGCCGACUCAGAGGGACAGCAGUACCAUGUCUCACCCGAUCGCAGGCGGCGGCAGCGGGGACCAUUCUCACCAGGUCCGGGUGAAAGCCUACUAUCGCGGGGAUAUCAUGAUAACACAUUUUGAACCUUCAAUCUCCUUUGAGGGCCUUUGCAGUGAGGUUCGAGAUAUGUGUUCCUUCGACAACGAACAGCUUUUCACCAUGAAAUGGAUAGAUGAGGAAGGGGACCCGUGUACAGUAUCAUCUCAGUUGGAGUUAGAAGAAGCCUUUAGGCUUUAUGAGCUAAACAAGGAUUCUGAACUCUUGAUUCAUGUCUUCCCUUGUGUACCAGAACGUCCUGGAAUGCCCUGUCCAGGAGAAGACAAAUCCAUCUACCGCAGAGGUGCACGCCGCUGGAGAAAGCUUUAUUGUGCAAAUGGCCACACUUUUCAAGCCAAGCGUUUCAACAGGCGUGCCCACUGUGCCAUCUGUACUGACCGAAUAUGGGGACUUGGACGUCAGGGAUAUAAGUGCAUCAACUGCAAACUCCUGGUUCAUAAGAAGUGCCACAAACUUGUCACAAUCGAAUGUGGGCGGCAUUCUAUGCCACCGGAACCAAUGAUGCCCAUGGACCAGUCAUCCAUGCAUUCAGACCAUGCACAGACAGUAAUUCCAUAUAAUCCUUCAAGUCAUGAGAGUUUGGACCAAGUUGGUGAAGAAAAGGAGGCAAUGAAUACCAGGGAAAGUGGCAAAGCUUCCUCCAGUUUAGGUCUUCAGGACUUUGAUUUGCUUCGGGUCAUAGGUAGAGGAAGUUAUGCCAAAGUACUAUUGGUGCGAUUAAAAAAAACAGAUCGUAUUUAUGCAAUGAAAGUUGUGAAAAAAGAGCUGGUCAACGAUGAUGAGGAUAUUGAUUGGGUACAGACGGAGAAGCAUGUUUUUGAGCAGGCAUCCAAUCAUCCUUUUCUUGUUGGGCUGCAUUCUUGCUUUCAGACAGAAAGCAGAUUGUUCUUUGUCAUAGAGUAUGUAAAUGGAGGAGAUCUAAUGUUUCAUAUGCAGCGACAAAGAAAACUUCCUGAAGAACAUGCCAGAUUUUACUCUGCAGAAAUCAGUCUGGCAUUAAAUUAUCUUCAUGAACGAGGGAUAAUUUAUAGAGAUUUGAAAUUGGACAAUGUAUUGCUGGACUCAGAAGGACACAUUAAACUCACUGACUAUGGCAUGUGUAAGGAAGGAUUACGGCCAGGAGAUACAACCAGCACUUUUUGUGGUACUCCCAAUUACAUUGCUCCUGAAAUUUUAAGAGGAGAAGAUUAUGGUUUCAGUGUUGACUGGUGGGCCCUUGGAGUAUUAAUGUUUGAGAUGAUGGCAGGAAGAUCUCCAUUUGAUAUUGUUGGAAGCUCUGAUAACCCUGAUCAAAACACAGAGGAUUAUCUCUUCCAAGUUAUUUUGGAAAAACAAAUACGCAUACCACGUUCUCUGUCUGUAAAAGCUGCAAGUGUCCUGAAGAGUUUUCUCAACAAGGACCCAAAGGAACGAUUGGGUUGUCAUCCUCAAACAGGAUUUGCUGAUAUUCAGGGACACCCAUUCUUUCGAAAUGUUGAUUGGGAUAUGAUGGAGCAAAAGCAGGUGGUACCUCCCUUUAAACCAAAUAUUUCUGGGGAAUUUGGCUUGGACAACUUUGAUUCUCAGUUUACUAAUGAACCUGUCCAGCUCACUCCAGAUGAUGAUGACAUCGUGAGGAAGAUUGAUCAGUCUGAAUUCGAAGGUUUUGAGUACAUCAAUCCUCUUUUGAUGUCUGCAGAAGAAUGUGUCUGAUCCUUAUUUUCCAACUAUGCAUUUUGCUUGUGUUGCCAUUUAAUGCAUGAAUAAACUUGUUACCAGCCUGGAUACCAUGAACCAUUUUAUAUUUUUCACCUACAAAAAAGCACUCAGUAUCUUCUGUUAUUGGCUGUAAGAGUCAAUUAUUACAUCUGACUAUGAAAAAGAAAAUGAAACUAGUUUCCAGACAGUCAUGUCAACACUUAACUAUACUGGUAAUCCAGCAGCCUACUGAUGAGUAAUGAAGUUGUCCUUUUGUUUAAAGGAAAUAUUUACACUGCUUUUAAACAGCGUAUCCGUUGCAUUAAGGCACCUGGUGGGAUUACGUCGUAAGCCUCCCGUGAUUUUUUUGUCAUUCUUCGUUCACUUCACCUUGAAGUGUUUAAUUUUGAUAUAAAAGAAUAAUUCAAAAAACAACAAUUUAUUAUAUUACCUAUUUCUGAGUUGUGUUUAAAAAUUCAGCUGUAAAUUUUAUUGCCUUGGAUAAUUAAAUUAUUGAUUUUUAAGGCAGCAGUUAUUAAAGUGGUAAUAAAAGAUGUCACUUGCUUAGAAUUAGGGAUACAAAUUCUCCUUGAGGGAAGAAAUGGGCAUAUUUUGUUAAGUAUCAGAUUCCAAAUCAUUAGCUGUUUUUGAAAAACUGAUGAGAGUGAUUUCUUUAGUAUAUGGGCAUUAACUUCUGAGCUUACCCUGUUAGCCAGAACUUUAACUGGAAUGUUAAUAAAUAUCACUCAAAGAGCCCAGGAUGCAUUUGAAUGGAGCAUUUUUCAGUAU